UUUUAUGCAUGCAUUACAUAAGUGAUCGAGUGACGACAAUUUCGGCUGUGCUCGAUAAUCUAGGGUUAAUUAUAAUUUGUUAUGAUAAAAAGAAAAAAAAUAUGGGUUUCGAAUCAUGUGAAACCAAGCAUUUUCAUUUGCAGUAGAAUUUGAAUUUUAAAAAAAGUUUAGUAAAAUAAUUAAUUUAAAUCUAAAUAUUCUAAAUCUUGUAUACAUGUGCAAUCACAGUUUUAAACAGUCAAUCCCACUCUUAAUGUUUGCCACUGCAGAUUUGGAAAUCUAUCCAGGAACCCUUCCACAAAAAUCCACAAUCUUUCAAAUCAUUAUUAACGUUAAGUAAAUAAAACCACCUCCACCGCAGCACCACCGCCAGUCACCAUCAACUCCACCACUCACUCACUCACACCGUCACCGCCUACAGCAUGUCUUCCGGCAAGAGAUGGAAGUUCAAGAAUCUGUUCGCCGCAAACGGUACCGAUUGUGGAUGUGGGAUGAAGCCAACUGACGUUUUCGAACCUAAACCAAAAUCGAAAACCACCUUAUCCUCCGAUCAAAAGCCCAGCAUCCAUUCCGCCUCAUCCUCCACCACCACCUCCGACUGGGAUAGAAGCAUAGGCGCCAGCUGGCAGCCCGUCACCGACGGCAACGAGGACUACACCUCCACCACUUUCUCCCAUGACAUCGAAAACUCACCGGAAUUCUGCCCGGAAAAUUAUCUUGACCGCGACCCCAACAGGCCGAAAACGACCAUCCCCUGCAGGAGAAUCCAAGACAGCCACGCCGUAGUCAAAGAUUCCGAGGACCCUUAUCAUGACUUCCGACAAUCCAUGCUGCAAAUGAUCUUCGAGAAAGAAAUCUACACGAGAAGUGGUCUUCAGCAGCUUCUCCGCUGCUUCUUGGAGCUCAAUUCGCCUCGCCACCACCAAACCAUUGUUCAAGCUUUCGUGGAUGUAUGGAACAACGGCGGCGGUGUAGCGGUUUCCGAUGGGGGCGAGGAGGAGACGCCGCCGUAGAUAGAAUGGCAUGUGAAGACAAUAAAUAUACAGACAUACAGGUAGGUACAAGUAGCCAAGUGUGAUAAUGGCAAGUAGGUCUAUUUGUCUGCUCUUUUCUGUCUUCUGUCAAUUCAAUUUGUAAGUGGUUUAUAGGUAAAUAGUAUUAACUUCAAGUCAGUGUUUUAUAUCUUAAUACAAUGGAAGUUAGCU